CAAUGGCCUUUCAUUCGUAUCAGCCGAGUGGCUGUCCGCGGUUCGUCUGAUGAUAAUGCUGCUAGCAGCUUUCGCCCCUUUCCCGCUUCUCCUGACUCCAAUUGCCCAGUGCGUCCGACAUGCUAUGACUUAUGUCCAGACAUGCAAGCAAUGACAUGCCGUCGAACUGCUUCACCCGCCACAAAUCAGCCUGGAGUUGCAGAGCUGCUAUCAGAAAUGCUUCCGGGGUUGAAGCCCUUUCAUGGUUCGACAAGACCAAUAUUUAAGAUUAUCCGGCACCCGCCAUUGGACGAUCGCGCUCUCCGUCGUCAGCAGGGACAUUCACCGCGUGAGAGAUACGGCCUGUACUACGGUACACAACAUUAAGCUAGCAUCGUGGAGUACAGAAUGUCUUGGUGGCAUUGACCGAUCUUCAACUGCCGUCCGUCACUGCUGGUACCGCAUCUGAAUUUACCCCACCGCGAAAUCGAUUCCGCGUGAACACCAACAGCGCAACUGUGAGCAGGUGAGGUUGUCUUUACAGAAUCCAUGGGGGACACAGCAUCCAUUGUGGGCUGAUCGAUGAUCGCCGGGUACUCCUACCACAGGUCUGUCCCGAGUCUUGGUGUCGGCUCCCAGAUCAAAGCCCGUAGCUUCAUUCUUCUUAUACGCACCACGAGUCCCCUCUUUGGGGUUUCACCGUCGUAUCUUCAUCCCUCCUUUCCUCCAAAGUCCAGCCUCAUUAUCAAAUUGUCAAGCUUCAUCGUGACUUUCAACAUCGCAGACGUUAUUACCCAAACCGAAUCUCUCCUAUACCUAUAUUCUCAUAAUCGCAGUGAUAUCAUGGCUUCCGGACUCUCGGCCACGCCGCUCAAGAAGAUCAACUUGGUGCGCAUCGCCCAUGUGUAUUAUAAGCACAAGAACAUCAACGAAGCCAAGAGAUUUGCCGAGGACUUCGGCUUCGCGCAAACUGCCGAGGUUGGCAAGAAGACAUACUACCGCGGUUAUGGCACCGAGCCCUUCGUUAUUUGCCUCGAGGCAUCGAAUGAGGACGAGUUUGGUGGCGCAGCCUUCGUCGUCGAAUCCAUGGAGGACCUGAUGCAAGCGGCCAAGACACUUCCCAACGAAUGUAAAGCCACCGAGAUAUACGACCUUUCAGAUGCCCCUGGUGGUGGAAAAUGUGUCACAUUUUAUGACCCUGUCGACGGGUUCCCCUUCCAUCUUGUCUACGGCCAAACGCCGGUGGAGGCGCGAGAUGUUGACUUCCCCAUUGUGCGGUUCAACUUUCCUAAGGAGAAGAAUCGCGGAGCCAACGAGUUCCAACGCUUCAAGAAGCGACCAGCACCAGUGCAUAAGCUGGGCCACUUUGGCGUGUGUGUAACCGACUUUGCCAAGUGCUACGACUUCUACACCAAAUACUUCAACUUCUUCCCCAGUGAGCUUGUCCACAACGAUGAAGGCGUCAACAAGACUGUCUUUUUCAGACUCAACCGCGGAAACGACCUUGUGGACCACCACUGCUUCUUCUUCUUUGAAGGUCCCAAGAUGCACGUCCACCACUCGUCCUUCGAGACGCACGACUUUGACACUCAGGUGCUCGGCCACGACUGGCUCCGCCAUCAAGGUUACAAGAACUGUUGGGGUGUUGGACGACACGUGAUGGGCAGCCAGAUUUUUGAUUACUGGUUCGACCCAUCCGGUUUUAUUCUCGAACACUACGUGGACGGUGAUCUCCUCGACAUGAGAGAGCCCACGCAUAAUACAAAGGCAGCUCCAGAUAACCUGCACGUGUGGGGCCCCGAGGUCCCAGCCACUUUCCUGCAGUGAGCCCUUGAAUUCGUAUAGGCGAGCGAUAUCUGACCAAGGCCCUUCGACGGUGUCUAUAAAGUACACGAGUCAAAGCCCCCGAGCCUCUUAAAGUGUCAACUAAUAUAUAAUGGACGCGUUUGUCAAACAUCACACAUUUGAGAUACUCUGUAUAGCUCUCCACUAUGACGACUGAUAUGGUUGAAACCUGACCCAGAAGAUCCAUUCACCGGGUACAUGUCUCGGGCAGGUUCUCCACGGAACGGAGCGAAGCGCCAACGUGGGUAAUUUCGGAGGAACAGCGAACCUUGUGAUCACACGAGUUACAAUAUCUAGGAACAGGCCACGAUUGACAUUGCGACCACAUCAUGUUCGAGUCGCCAGUUUAGGGAAUAUCCUCCAGAAAGUGCAGUUGCGAACUACGGGUUACUAACAAACACCGAUGAUGCGGUAAGGUCAUUUUGCAAAUAAGAUCUGCACCGGGGAUUAGUAAUAGAAAGGAAGAGAAGAAAAAGAAAGAAAGAAAGAAGAGAAAGAAGAGGAAAUACAUAGCAAUAACUCCCAGACAUCGCAUAC